AUGUUUUCGCAGCAGAGCGCGAGUAUGGCGUCGCAACAGAUUCCAGAGACGUUCAUGCUGAGCGCCGAGGCUCAGCAGUCGCUUCCACAGGACGCUCAGGUAGCGCUGCAACAAGUAGACAAUCUCAAGUAUUUUCUCCUCUCGGCCCCAGUUGAUUGGACGGCCGAUCAAUACAUUCGGCGUUUCCUUCUUCCCACCGGCGAGUACGUGUCCUGCGUGCUGUGGAACAACCUCUUCCACAUCUCGGGUACAGACAUUGUAAGAUGUCUGUCGUUCCGCUUCCAAGCCUUCGGCCGGCCGGUGAAGAAUUCCAAGAAGUUUGAGGAAGGCAUCUUCUCCGACCUGCGCAAUUUGAAGUCGGGGACAGACGCAACGCUCGAGGAACCGAAAAGCGCCUUUCUUGAUUUCUUGUACAAGAACAACUGCAUCCGUACACAGAAGAAGCAGAAGGUUUUCUACUGGUACAGCGUACCCCACGAUCGGCUUUUCCUGGACGCCCUAGAGCGGGACCUGAAGAGGGAGAAGAUGGGCCAAGAAGCGACAACAUGCGCCGUCAGCGAGCCGGCGUUGUCCUUCCAGUUCGAUUCGUCGCAGUCUUUGUAUGAGCAGCUUACAAAGGCCCAGCAAGCCAACUCGUCCUCGUUCAACCCGCAGCCGGUGUCUUUUUCCCAGCAGCAAAACACCUCCCCGGUGAUGGCUCCGAUCGACUCGAUGCCUCCUCCGCAGAUGAUGCACCAGCCGAUCCCCCAACACAUUCCACAGUCGGUUCCCCCGAUGCCGCAAUCGAUGGCCCCGUUAGCGGAUGGACUAGAGAACAUGGCAGCGCCCUACGGGACUAUGACCAUGCCGACGAGCAUCGCGACAUCCCAACCUGUGAUCAAGCGGGAGCCUGACUUUGCCCGGGUUCAGUACAACCAGAAUGGCGUCCCGAUGGCCCAGACCCACCAACGCCACACCUCGAUGCCGGCAUUUGGUUUGGAGUACUCGCCUGCGCCCUCCUUCGUCUCGUCCCACUACGAGGAUUACAGCCAAAGGGGUCUUUCCUUUGAGCCCCUGACCCCCCCUCAGCAAUCCCUCGGUAUUGGUGGCGAGCCCGCCUACAUCGCCAACGAAGAGACCGGUCUCUACAGUGCCAUUCCCGAUCACGUCAACCCCGUCGGCGCCCUGAACGGAAUGAUCCACCUUCCACCGUCGAACUUGGCUGGCCCUUCGUUCCAACGGAGUUACGGGUCCAACAAUGUCUACUCCUCUGUCAUCGAAGGUUCGCCGACCUAUAAGCAAAGAAGACGCCGUUCAUCUAUUCCUCCUUCACUGUCUGCUAACACUGCUGCUCUCGCGGCAGCGACUUCUGGCAGCCACCGGCCCUCCGAUCUCAAGAGAUCAGUGUCGGCCUCGGUUGGCCCCGUUCCCGAGGGGGAAGAGUCCGGAGACACUUCGCCGCCUGGUCUGACGUACGGCAACCCGGCCCUGCAACAGCAUAAGGAGGUUCUCGAGCUGUCACGGCACGGGACCCCUCUGUCCACGGUGGAAGGCAGCCCCGCGCUCAACCCGAUGGCGCUCCAUCAACACGACUACUCUCCACUCCCCGGUGAUGAGUUGGGCCCACUAAACGACUCGCGGCCGCUCAUGCACGGUGGUCCCAGCGGCGCGGUACGCCGGGCCCGGUCCGCAACCGUCAUGGAAAUCGGUCCCUAUCCUCAGAAGUCUCACACUUGCCCCAUCCCCUCGUGCGGCCGCCUCUUCAAGAGAUUGGAGCACCUGAAGCGACACGUGAGGACACACACACAAGAAAGACCCUACACCUGUCCUUAUUGUAGCAAGGCUUUCUCCCGAUCAGACAACCUAGCACAGCAUAAGCGGACUCACGAUCGCAAUGAUGGCGCUGAGGGCAGCUUCAACUCGGGCGAGGAGGAGGAGCAGUACUCGGGCGAAGACCAACUGUCCUCGAUUGACGACGCCUCGCCAACAUCGGAAGGCGGUUACAUUGCUGGCUCGCUUGACGCGGCUGUCAGUGGUAACAACAACCCGACGUCAAAUCCCGCGCCGACCUCGAACCAAAGUCUCGGGCAAACGCAAACGUUCAACAGCCUGCAGACGCUGAGCAUGCCCAUGACGAUGAGCCAGCCUCAUGCUAUCAACACAAGUGGCUUGGCCUAA